AUGGCGGACCCGUCUGAAGCCACAACACCAAAAGCACAAUUUGAGUAUACGAUGCCCAUUUCCUCACCCCCACCAUAUUGCGCUUCCACAUCUACUGGAAUCAGAAAUCAGGGGCCCUUACUUUAUCACAACUGGCAGGAGACUGUGCCAGAUACAGCAACUCUUCCACCGCCACCGAUAGCUGGGUUUUUUUCCUCUAGUACAGGAAAUGCCUCCUGCGACGAUGCAGAGCGUGCUCACGAAUUUUGUGAUAAGCUUCCCCUAAAGGUUCCCAUCGAGCCAUCUGAUGCUCUGUACAGAUCUGCUCAGGAAUACAAUUUGAGCCCUGCAGAGUCACCAAAGUUCAAUGGGAAGCUGUCCAUUGUCAAUCAGGGGCACUGGAAAGGGUCCACAAGAGAUGGGAAUGUCGAUUGUCUUUUAACCACAAAUCUGCCCCUUUACUUCUCCAUGAAGGAUUCCCCUUUGCUUACAGAAAAGAGUAAAACUAUUUACUUUGAAGUAAGACUGCUUGGCCUCCGCGUAGGCCCGCGAGGGCAGUCUGCCGACGCCAGCGGGUUCUCUAUCGGAUUUGUGGCACAACCGUACCCCAACUGGAGAUGUCCGGGAUGGGAAAGGGGUAGCCUCGGUGUAUUCUCUGAUGAUGGUUGCCGCUUUGUGAACGAUUCGUGGGGUGGGAAGGGCUUCACGAGCAAGUUCAAGGUAGGAGAGACAGUUGGCUUGGGGAUAACAUUUCACUUCCCCACCAUGGCCACCUCAGUUUCGGCGGGUAUAGACCCAAAGGUCAAUGUCGAUAUCUUCUUUACUCGUGACGGUCAGAAAGUAGGGGGUUGGAACCUUUACGAGGAGUUGGAUGAAGAUUCUGGGGGGGUAGAAGGUCUAGGAGGAGAUUUCGAUCUGUAUGGUGCCCUCGGACUGUUCGGAGGUGUGGACUUCGAGGUUUUCUUUAAACCUGCAGAUUGGUUAUGGACUCCUCGAGAGGACCCCUAA